AGCUGCUGCUGCGCAACCCCUUCUCCGCCCGCCCCACUGGCGUCGCCUCCUUCUCAGCCUCGCACAGUGCGGCCCGGCACGGUGGACAAUUGGAAAACUUCACUGUUCAUUCUGUGAGGCCUGCUAAGGGAGCUUUAACUUUGCAACAGAAAAUGUUCCUGUGGACAGUUAGUAAGUAUACAUUUCUGCAGAAGUCAGACUGACUGUCAGCCAGCUUUCUCCAUUAAACUGGCAAAGGAAAACAAUCUCUUCUUAAAAGUCAGUCUGGUUUUAGCAAAGAUACCUGCCAAGAAGUCAUAACUUCAAGUUUGAAAAUCAAAAAUCAAGGGCUUUUGUACAUGGCCAGAAGUAAUAAUGGUGCUAGAAGAUUAACAGAAGCACUGUGUCUAGAAGUAAGAGAUCCCAGAUUUGAGAUGAAAAGUAAAACACUUCCCUCAAAGGUAUUAAAUCAAAAAAGAAAUAGUUCUGCUUCUUACCCAGUGAAUGAUGCAUGCACGGUAAAAACUUUUCACAGAAGAGCGCGUAGUUUGGAUUUAACUAUAAGGGAGAGACUAGUUUUAUCACCUGUGUUAUAUGAAACUUGCAGUGUGGGAACGAUCUACUAUGGUAAAAAUGAAAAUUCACCUGUUCACACACAAGGUAGCUUGCAGUUAGUGUUCAGUCAGACAGAUGGUAGUUCUUUUCAGGACCUAUAUACUUCCAGUGCUGACAAACUACAAAAAAGGUUUCAAGUUACUUCCUUUACAACAUUACUACAUAAAGAAACAGAAAAUGAGUGUGAUUUUGAAGAUACUGGACAGUCUUCUGAAAAUGCCAUUAAUGGUGGGCGACCUUUUGUGAUGAACCCUUCUUCACCUAAAAGUGCUGUAGAAGAGGAACAAUAUAUCACACCCCUUGGUCUUGUGCAUCCUACAAGUGUUUCCUUCAACCAAAAACUGAAUAAGAGAGAAAGAAACAAGUUGAAAAGCUUGAGGAGAAAACAAAGAAGGGGAGAACGGUGGCUACAGAAGCAAACUGCAAAUGAUAACCUGCAUACAGAUGAUGAGCAUGAACUCAGAGGAGAUAAAGAGAGCUACCUCUGUGCAGUGUGCCUGGAUCUUUAUUUCAAUCCUUACAUGUGCUAUCCAUGCCAUCACAUCUUUUGUGAACCUUGCCUAAGGAUGCUCGCCAAAGACAAUCCAGCCAGCACUCCAUGUCCACUGUGUCGCACUACAAUUGCUAGAGUCUUUUUCCAAACAGAACUGAACAACUCUACCAAAUCUAUUUUCCCUAUGGAAUAUUUGAAGUUAAAAGAAAAUUUUCAAAAAUCAAAUUCUGCAAAAUGGCCUCUACCAAGCUGCAAGAAAUCCUUCAGAGUGUUUGAAGUGUUUUCUAGAGAAGAGAAGAGAAGAGAAGAGAAGAGAAGAGAAGAGAAGAGAAGAGAAGAGAAGAGAAGAGAAGAGAAGAGAAGAGAAGAGAAGAGAAGAGAAGAGAAGAGAAGAGAAGAGAAGAGAAGAGAAGAGAAGAGAAGAGAGAAGAGAAGAGAAGAGAAGAGAAGAGAAGAGAAGAGAAGAGAAGAGAAGAGAAGAGAAGAGAAGAGAAGAGAAGAGAAGAGAAGAGAAGAGAAGAGAAGAGAAGAGAAGAGAAGAGAAGAGAAGAGAAGAGAAGAGAAGAGAAGAGAAGAGAAAAAGUGUUCCUUAAAGAAGACUGAAGGCAUGUGUAAUUGUGCAUUACAUAACAAUCUUCAUCUCCGAGACACUGGAGAAAAUGUGCUGUGCAAACUGACAAAUUUGAUCUGAGGAAUGCUUCUGGAAAAGUCAGCAGUUUAACACUCCAGUACAAAAGGUCAGGGCACACUUCCCAGUGAAAGAAUCUCAAUGGGACAAGGUUGUAUAGGAGAUCAAAUGGCUUUCCUUGCCCUUUGAAUGCUGCACAGGACAAUAUAUGUUCAUGUCCGGAGCCUUGACUGGCACUUUGAGGUCACUGGUUUUCCCUUUGCUCUUUCAUUAGAACAUUCCUGAACAUUUCCAGGUUAAUAUUUUUAAGUCACUUACUUGGCCUGUGACCGCUGAACUCUGCCCAAAGGAGACAAGAUGAU